UCCUGGUUCAAAGUUGUCCUUUCGUUCAGGCUUUGAGUCGCCCCUCUCUCUCCUCCUCCUCCUCCGCUGCCGUUGCGUUGCCUGCCGCCGUCUUCCCCCGCCGCGGCAGAUCGUCGGGGCUCUGAUCUGGUUAUCUGAUAUUGAUAUUGAUCGUUGGGUGGAAAAGAAUGUGGGGAAUUUCGAGGCGUAGCGUCGUCGAUGGAGGCUUGUCUGCUUCGGCUCUCAGAAGGGUGCGAUCCGCGUUGGUUUCCUCGAGAAGCUAUGCCGCAGCUGUGAAAGAGAUGACUGUCAGAGAUGCUCUAAAUUCUGCUAUUGACGAAGAAAUGUCGGCAGAUCCUAAAGUGUUCAUCAUGGGUGAAGAGGUUGGUCAAUACCAAGGUGCAUAUAAGAUUACUAAAGGGCUUUUGGAAAAAUACGGUCCCGAGAGAGUUCGUGAUACGCCUAUCACCGAGGCUGGUUUUGCUGGGAUUGGAGUUGGCGCUGCCUACUAUGGCUUAAAGCCUGUAGUAGAAUUUAUGACAUUUAACUUCUCCAUGCAGGCAAUUGAUCAUAUAAUCAAUUCCGCUGCAAAGUCGAAUUAUAUGUCUGCUGGGCAGAUAUCUGUACCCAUUGUUUUCAGAGGACCCAACGGUGCCGCUGCUGGUGUCGGGGCUCAGCAUUCCCAGUGUUAUGCGGCCUGGUAUGCUUCAUGUCCUGGGUUAAAGGUUCUUUCUCCAUAUUCAUCUGAAGAUACCCGUGGCCUUCUUAAAGCUGCCAUUAGAGAUCCGGAUCCUGUUGUCUUCCUUGAAAACGAGCUACUAUAUGGUGAAUCAUUUCCUGUUUCAGAAGAAGCCCUUGAUUCAAGUUUUUGUCUUCCCAUAGGCAAAGCCAAGAUUGAACGAGAAGGAAAGGACGUAACAAUUACCGCUUUCUCGAAGAUGGUUGGUCAUGCCCUCAAGGCAGCUGAGAUGCUAUCAAAAGAGGGAAUAAGUGCCGAGGUUAUAAAUCUCCGCUCGAUCCGUCCCCUCGACAGAGCCACCAUCAAUGCUUCUGUAAGGAAAACUAAUAGACUGGUUACAGUAGAAGAAGGUUUCCCUCAACACGGCGUCGGUGCAGAAAUCUGUGCAUCGGUUGUUGAAGAGAGUUUCGGGUAUUUGGACGCACCGAUCGAGAGGAUUGCAGGAGCCGACGUCCCCAUGCCUUACGCUGCAAAUCUUGAGAGAAUGGCGGUACCACAGGUUGAGGACAUUGUUCGAGCGGCGGAGAGAGCUUGUUAUAGAUCCAAGUAACUUAUAUCUUCUUCACUGCAACACACUUUCUUCAAUGGAACAUAAAGGGAAAAGAGUGGAAAAAACAGCAAAACAUUUGAUUCUCUGCUGACUCAAAACCGUUUCCUCGGGGAUUUUUGUUUCAUGCUACUGGGUUUUUUUUAUAACCCUUCGUCGUGGGUUUUUUUUUUCUCUUUAUGAUUUAAGAUUCCUUCGGCAAAAUUCUUGGGGAUUCUUUCCUCCGGUGUAGUCCAAAAUUUUCACGAUUGAUGAAAACUCUGAAUAAAAAUAAGGGUUUUGGAUA